CCGCGGUCACACUUGCGUAGGAAAAAUAUUAAAAAAAACUUUAUUUAUUGUUUAAUGUGUAAAUAAUAGUGAUAAGAAGCAACACAGCUGUGCGGAUUGCGAAGCGGAUAGCAAAGCAGUCGGCGUAUAAAACGGGGCGCGUUGAGAAAGUGCAGCUUAUUGGCUGUAAAGGGCAGCACGGAAAGCAGAGAAAUCCGGAGAAGCAACAGCGCAGUCGGCAGCGACGCCCACGCAGCGGAAGUAAUAAAAAAGCAAAGAGAAAUCGGAAAGAGUGGGAGGAGAGGAGGCGGAGGAGCAGGUAGCGUAGGAAGAGGGGCAGGAGGAGCACUAGCUGGUUAAAAGGGUGCAGCAGGAGCGGCCAAGAGGAGGGGGCGGAGGAGUAUCCGGACAGUCAGUGGAGCUGGUAAUUAAGGUGCAGCACAAUUAAAAGAAGAAGAAGGUACCGGGAGGAGCAGCAGCCCCACGACGCCAGCAGCCAUUGACGUCAUGCCGCUGGCCGAUUCCCAAAAGGAUCUCCGCCAGCAGCCUCAGCAGCAGCAGCAGCAGCAACAGCAGCAGCAUGUCUCCUCCACCAACAGCAACAACAAUGCGGAGCCGCAGUGCAGCAACAGCAGCAGCGGAUUGGGCCUGCAGCUGCGCCAGCGCAUGCAGAUCACUUCGUCCGGCUGCAGCAGCCUGGCGGUCACGCCCAUGGAGCACACGCCCACGGAGGACGAGGAGAGCGGCGGUGGCAGCAGCGGGGUCACCUCCUCGGUGACCACGGUGACCUCAUCGCAGCGCCGCCAGCAGGUGCAACAGCAAUCCGCCCUGCAGGCGGCCCUGGAACAGCAUCACAUCUCGCCGGCGGCGGAACAGGAAUCGCCCCGAGGAAGGACAGCAAAUCGUACCCUUUGCCCACCGCCAGAACUGAUGGAGCUGAGUGAUUCCGAGUCGCAGGGCGGCGGUGGAGCGGGGAGCAGGAGAGAGGGAGCAACUGGGGGCAGGGCCACCGGCUCAGAAGACACCGAACUCCUGGACGAAACCGAAAACGAAUUCGAGCUCAAGGAGGUCAUCAAAGAGGGUCACGACAAGGCCGAUCCCUCGCAGUUCGAACUUCUGCGUGUCCUGGGCGAAGGUAGCUUUGGCAAGGUGUUCCUAGUGCGCAAGAUCAUAGGCAAGGAUGCUGGCACCCUGUACGCCAUGAAGGUGCUCAAGAAGGCCACCCUUAAGGUCAAGGAUCGCGUGAGGAGCACCAAUGAACGCAAGAUACUGGCGGACGUGGGACAUGCCUUCAUCGUACGCCUGCACUACGCCUUCCAAACCCCCGGAAAACUCUACUUGAUACUAGAUUUCCUUCGUGGCGGCGAUCUGUUCACCCGCCUGUCCAAAGAAGUAAUGUUCACCGAGGAGGACGUCAAGUUCUAUCUGGCGGAACUGGCGCUAGCCAUGAACCACCUGCACACGCUGGGCAUCAUCUACAGGGAUCUGAAACCGGAGAACAUACUACUCGACGAGCAUGGUCAUAUUGCCUUGACGGAUUUCGGUCUGUCCAAACAGCCCCUGGAUGGGUCCAAAACCUACAGCUUUUGCGGAACCGUGGAGUACAUGGCACCGGAGAUUGUGAACCGGAAGGGACACGAUUUUGCUGCCGAUUGGUGGAGCUUCGGAGUGCUCAUGUACGAAAUGCUGACGGGGAAUCUGCCUUUUCAUGGCCAAACCCGCCAGGAGACCAUGAACCAGAUACUUAGGAGCAAGCUGGGCAUGCCGGAGAAUCUAUCGCCGGAGGCACAAUCCCUGCUGCGCGCUCUCUUCAAAAGGAAUCCUCAGAACCGAUUGGGUGCGGGUGCCCAGGGAAUACUGGAUAUCAAGGCGCACUGCUUCUUCGCCACCAUCGACUGGGUGAGGUUGGAACGAAAGCAGGUGCGUCCGCCUUUCAUACCGGCGGUUAGCCGUGACGAUGCCUUCUACUUCGAUGUGGAGUACACCUCGAAAUCCCCCAGGGAUUCGCCGGGAGGCCCCAUCUCCGCAUCGGCGCACGAGAUUUUCCGUGGCUUUAGCUUUGUGGCUCCUGUUCUCCUGGAAGAACAAUGUGCCGGCUCGAAUAGCCUCUCCACCAGUGGCAGCCCGUUGCAUAGUAUAGCUCCUAUACCCGCUGCUCCGGUGGGUGCGCCUCGCACCUUACCAGGUGUCCUGCCCGGGAACUUCCAUGCCGAAUACAAUCUGCUGCAGGAACUGGGCCGAGGAACCUUCUCCGUUUGCCGUCUAUGCGAACAUCGCGCCUCCAAGAAACAUUAUGCGGUGAAGGUGAUCGAAAAGGCAGCUGUGGCCGCCGCAUCCACAUCCACAUCAGCCGACUGCUGGGAGGAGGUGGAGAUUAUGCUUAGGUAUGGCAACCACCCCAACAUCGUCACUCUGUAUUCCGUUUACGAGGAUGCGAGUUCCGCCUAUCUGGUAAUGGAGCUGCUGAAAGGCGGCGAGCUUCUCGAUCGCAUUUUAGCAGUGGGUCAGAUGUGCGAGAGCGAAGCGAGCGCCGUUUUAAGGACGAUUGCAUCCGCGGUGGCUUAUCUCCAUGAACAUGGAGUGGUCCAUCGGGAUCUGAAGCCCUCGAAUAUGAUAUAUGCCAGCAUGCGACAGACUCCCGAAACUCUGAAGCUCUGCGAUUUGGGCUUUGCUAAGCAGCUGCGCGCGGACAACGGACUUCUGAUGACGCCCUGCUACACGGCCAACUUUGUGGCGCCCGAGGUUCUGAAACGGCAGGGAUACGACCUGGCCUGCGACAUUUGGUCGCUGGGCGUGCUACUAUACAUAAUGCUGUCUGGCCGGACACCCUUUGCCAGCACUCCGAACGAUUCGCCGGAUGUUAUACUGAAGCGCAUCGGGUCGGGACACAUUGACUUCACCAGCAGCCGCUGGGCACUGGUCAGUGUGCCGGCAAAGGAACUGUUGCGCCAGAUGCUCCACAUAGUGCCAGAGAAUCGGCCGACGGCGGCGCGAAUUCUUGAGCACGCCUGGCUGCGGGAACAAUUCGCCGGUGGAGUUCAGCUCACGGAGUAUGCGGUGGCUCCCGGAUCACAACUGUCGCUCGGCGCCCAGCAGCAGCAGCAGAACCACAUUUCGAUGGCCUUGAGGGGCGCAGUGGAUGCAACGUUUCGGGCCAUUGCCAUACCGCAGGCGGCCAAUGUGGGACCCGUUGAACUCUCGAUGCUAGCCAAAAGGCGGGCCAAGGAUCGAGCCAACUUGCACUCCUAAUCCUGGGCCGCAGCAUGGUGUCCGCGGCGCCAGGCCAAGAGGCAGAUAAUCCGGGUAGUUCUCCGACUCUAUAGUAUUCUGAUCCAAUGCUGCUGUGUCAUACCGCGACGCCUCGUCAAGGGCAAUGGGCACGGGCUUGGUCCACAUCCACUGGGCAAUCCUCGCCAGCGCUGCCGCAGCGCCAAGCUGCGCGUGGUGUAGGCUUAUGGGGACUUGGCCCACCUUUAAGUAUUUGACGACAACUGUUAAUUAUUUAUUUUAUAUAAAAUCAUACCGCAAUGCCAAGGCCAAAAAGCUAAGUGCAGGGCAUCUAUAUACACAAAUAUAACUAUACAGAUACGGAUAUACAUCUAUAUAUAUAGCUAUUUAUAUAACAAAUCCUUAAGCAAAGGCCACGAGUGCGUGUGUGUGUGUGUGUGACGCCAGGAUCAUCCCAGAUGAUGCCUGAUCUCCCAAUAUUUAUCCUCAGCUCGAAAUCGACAUCAAUCCCCUCGCACACACCACAACUUUACAACUUAUAAAACAAAAUGCAUACAUAUUUUUAAUUAAAUUAAUCGUAGCUAAAUUUUUCAACAUCACCUUGUUAUUGUUGUAUAACUAAUUAAUUAAAAAGUAAUACAAAAAAAGAAUAUAAUUAACAUUAAAACAAAAACAAGGGCAAAAACCACAAA